AUGCAAUUGAAGCACAAGUCAAUGCUGGUUUUGCUUCCUCAUGCCUUCCAAAAGCCAAAAGUGCUAACGUCAAUCUUCUAUGAUCAGCACAGGGAGAGAGACCCACCUUCAAAAUUACCACGGCAAGAAAGGAAUAUGGAUGAUAAAAAGGAUUCAGUAUUGACCUAUGAGGAGAAAAGAAUUGCAUGUGGAAUAUGUUUUAAUUGGGGUUUGAGCAUGGAAUUUGGUGGAAGGGAUUCUCGAGUCUACAAAGAGUUGGCCAUGACAGUGAGGUUGGGUAAAGGAAAAUUGCAAUUAUCAUUAGCUCGGGAAGCGAGAGGCCCGCUCGUGCGGACAAGCCAUCACGCUUCCUAA